ACUGGGGUCAGGGCUCACUCUCAUACCGCCAUAUAUGCGAACACUUGUUCAUCGCGACUGGCACUUAUCCUGCCCGAUCUGUACGCGCGACCAGACUGCCGUUGUGACAGUCACCUCGCGCGACAAUGAAGCAUCUCCUCGCCUUGCCCGCCAUCCUCCGCGCCUCCCUAUACCUCGCCUCUGCGUCGUUCUCAGUCAAUGAAGAUCUCCUAGCCUUUCCUCAGUUCGAGGUCAAGUUCACGGACUCUUACCUAUCCGAACUGCAAGCAGAGACGAGGCUUCAUGGCAACGAGCAAAUCAAAGUCAAUGAGCAACCUGUCAACGACGAUGGCUUGCAAGAACCCCCACCUUCGCAGGUACAGCAGUAUCAGGGUGAACGUGGAGAUGGCAAGAUCAAGGAGGAGCCUAGGCUCGGGUACGAAUACAUGGUCUUGGACGGACAGCGUUAUUUGUGUAGCGUUCCCGAGAUCAAGCCAUCUGCCUUUGCGUCAGGCGUUCCAGGCGCAAACGACACCCUCAGCAAGGUAGAGGAGGAGAAAGAGCUCGCUCGUGCAAAAGACCGAGGCUGGGAGCUUCUCUCCGCAAUGCAAGGCAACUGUGUAUACUUCAUCAGUGGAUGGUGGAGCUACCGAUUCUGUUACGGCCAGGGAGUGAAGCAAUUCCACCAGUUGUCUCCCAAUCGAGGCGUACCCGUGUAUCCUCCGGUCGAGGAUCCCACUGUGGAAGGCUUCGAGCUUGGGAACUACAAGCCUCCGGAGAAAGGCGAAAGCGAUGAUUGGGCGCCGCAAAAGACAGCGACUGGCGAGCAGUCAGAGACGGGGAGUGCGUUAGAUACCACCGACGGCGCAGCUGUGAAGCAUCGGUACAGUGGCACCGGCGAGCUUGUCCAGCGAGGUGAGAGUCGUUAUCUGGUUCAGCGACUGAGUGGUGGUACUACGUGCGACUUGACGGGCAAGGACCGGCGGAUCGAGGUCCAGUUCCACUGCAACCCGCAGUCGGCAGACCGCAUAUCACUUAUCAAAGAGACGGCUACUUGCGCGUAUCUUAUGGUCAUUCAGACGCCGCGUCUCUGCAAUGAUGUAGCAUUCCUGCCUCCACAAAAGGAUCAGCCGAACGCAAUCUCAUGCUCACCCAUUCUUGGUGAUGACCAAGUCGAAGACUACGAACGCGACCUGAAGGCCAUUAAGAGCGCAGAGACUGAAAACAAGCUCUGGGAAGCUGGCGCUGAGGCAGCCGCGGCGAUGGGGGUCCCGGGCUACGAGCAGUCUGCGCAGCUGGUGGGCGACAUUAUCGUCGGCGGUCAUGCACUGGUUCCGGAAGGCGUCAAGAUCGAGAAGUCUGCCAUUGUUGGAGGCGGUAAGGAGACGUAUAUUGAUACGGUCGCGUCAUCCGACGGGCGCAUCCUGUCAGAAGAAGACAUGAAGCGACUGGGUUUGGGCGACCCACGUGCGGUUGAGAAGUUGAAGAAAGAACUAGAAAAGAUCGCGCAAGGCCAACAGUGGAAGCUGGAUGUCAUCGACACGCCCAGAGGACGCGAGUACCGCGGCAUCAUUGGAGACGAUGACGAUGAGAAGGAAGAGGAAAAGAAGAAGGCGGCCGCCAGUAAGAAGUCCAAGCCCAGCAAAGACGGUGAUGAGAAGGCAGCAGAAGGCAGCGAGGAGGAGUAUUAUAAGGAGGAAUUGUAAUGUGCGCAACGCACGGAUGUGUCGUGUUGAUGUUGGCAGGUCCGUCCUUGCGCCUUCCGCGAGCGAAGCCAUGUCGUCCAAGAGCUUGCCCAACCGAACCUCACCGCUUCAUGUCCGUGCUCGUCGCGCGAUAUCCAUCAACAGCAGCAUCCAUUAUUUGCGACAAUGCAGUAGAUGCCCGACGCUCGUUAUGCCAUUGCGAUGACGCGAAUCAGCAAGCCGGCGCGAAACCUGCUCCGAGCAGAACGCAGCGCGCACAAGGCAAUCCGCCAGCGUCAUCGCGAAGCGCUGCAAGUGGCAGAGUACCUCAACCAUAAAGUCGAGCGACUGCGUGGUGUUAUUGCAGAUAUGACGCGGGGCGAGAGGCUGCGGAUUCCACUGCCAGAGUACAGCGCGGAGAUGGAAACCAUGGAGCAAGC